AUGGCUCCUGACUUGAGCGCUGCUUCCGACCCUACUAUGGCACAACCUCCUACAGCAACGACGGCACCCGCUAUGGCAUCGCAGGCUCCAACAUCCCGACAACCAGUACAUGGUUCCCAUACUUCUGUAACGCUUCCGCCCCCAGGAAGCCCACCGCUUGGAACCGGGGAUUAUGGCAUCACAAGGACCGCUCAGGGGCCAUUGCGUCAUCCUCAGCCGCUGACGCCUUCGGAUCUCCAUCUAGUGCUUGAGAAAGAGCAAGAAGCGAUUGUGAAUCGAUUGACUCGAGAGCUAUCUAUUCUUCGCCAGCAGACAGCAUCUGUGGCAUCGACAGCAUCCUCCACCUCAACAUUUAACGAGGCAGAUGGUGCGCGGGCAUCACCCGCCCUCAGUUCAACCCAAUCUCACUCCGCGCGACGAAACCGAUCCAAUUCGAGUCUCAGUUCACAUACUUCAGCAAGCCAGGGCCAGCAAUCUGCAAGUGUUACUGGAAUUGCUCCCUCGCGGGAUAUCCAAUAUCGCCCGGACCAUUCUCGAACGGUUCGCAGUCGCGAGCCAUCUCUCACCUCUCGCCGACCCUCCAUGGGGUCACUAUCCUCAUUCCCCCACAACAGCAGCAUAUACCCACAACGGAGCUCGGUCUCACAGACCCAGCAAGGCCAUUCACCCGGAAGCUCGCUGUCGCGGUUUGAGGAGGCUGCACAUCACAAGUUGGAAGUGGAAUACAUGAAGCGGGAGAAUGAGCAGCUGAGGAGGCGGGUCCGAGAUCUGGAGCAGACUUUGAAGAGGCAAAAGGAAGAUUCGGCCAGUGAGGCUUCUGCCACACCAUCUGAGAGAAUCAUUGAGGCCUGA